AUGAUAAGGGUGCUGAAGAACAGGGCGGGGGUCAUCUUUGACCGAAACGCCAGGGCUCGGCGUCUGGCCGUGGGCAAGGCGGCGACAAAGCGUGACACAGCGUGCAACAGUAUCAAUUCGAGAACUACAGUCAGUCUUCUCUUCCGGAGGAACACGGAAGAGGAAGGGAGGGGUUGGGUGUUGUCCAGGACCUUGAGAUGGAUGCAGCCGGGCUACAAGCAUACAUAAGUAGCAGCGGUAGCAGGCUGUGCCGGUUUGAUUUUCGACCUGGCGUUGGGUUUUGUGUCGACUGGAAAACGCAGCACCCCCUCCACGUGUGUGGAGGCUGAAAGUGUUUGGGGCGGGGGGAGGGGGAGGGGGAGGUAGAUGUGCUACGCACAAUAAACAUGUCUUCAGCUCACAUGUCUCUGUGUUGGGUACAGUCUACUGUAUGUACGUGAUCCGCCAAUGAAUUUGCGCCAUCUGCCACGCGUAUUUGUACGAACUACAAUAACAAGGUCAGCCUGGAUACGUAGGCGUUUGGUUUUCCGGCGCGUGUGUACCGGUGUGUACUGCAGUCCAGCGAGUUUUUAGAAAUGGGGGCGAAAUGAGUUCGUUGUGCAAAUCGUGCGCGUGCUUUGGUUCUAGACUAUCUAUAUUCCCGUGGUUUAAAAGCUGGAAAGAUUCUCUGACAGACUGCUUUGGCCAACCAAGUGAAUAGGACGCCGUAGGUAGGAAGCGGCCGUUUCACUCCUCAUCACGCCCUGCUUCCAGAACGCGAAACGCUCGCCCACCGCAUGGCGAAGUUUUAGUUGGCAACAGCAUCAGACUUUGCGGCAGUGGUGUUUGUAGAUCGUUGUUUUCGCCGCGCUGCCGUCCUUCUGUGGUGUCGUGUGUGUGUUUAGCUCUGUUUUUACAACUUGAAAGUACGCCUUGACAUUGCUGUCACGCUUUUUAAGAGUUUCAUUUUUUUUGUGAAAAGCUCGAAUUGUUGUUGUUUUCACAUCAAAAACCGUUCCGGUCUCCGUCGCCCAUACAAGACGGGAACGUGUUUCACAAUUCACUAUAAUUGCUUGUAAAGGCAAUUGUCCUUCGAUGAAGUCCGACGUGCGGCGAAGAAUUCCGCUGGGCUUUCGAGCACAUGCUUCGGAGGCCAUGCUUGUUGGUGUAGGUCAUUUGACCACAAACUCUCGCCCACUGCAUGAGGAGUUCGCGAACGCACCAAACUACAAGUCAAACAUUCAUCGUCUCACCAGAGAGUUUACUGGCCGCAACACUCACACAGCACCGGUGAAGCAAGCUUCCGGGGAAGAGCUUGGCCCAACGAUUCAUGCUCCCGAUAUAUGCACCAGCCGGCCGAUCGAAGAAAGCAAGAAAUUCAUAGGCAUCUCUUGGACUAUCAUUGCUACAUGUGCCGCACGCCCACACGAACCCGGCUCUCCAUCGCCAUAUGUAGCUACAGUUGCCUUCGUGGGGCAACUCCGGAGCUUUGGGUGCUGAAGGGGGCCUGACCACGAGACCCUGUGGUGGGUCUGGUUAUCAGUCACAGCAGUUGUGGCGUGGGCGACCUCUGUGCAACGACCAUAAACCGGUAUUGUCCAACAAGCCCACCACAAUCGUCGUAUGCGUGUGGCCGGCCUUAAUGAAGAAGCUGCUGUCCGGGAAAGCUUCCUGUCAUGGCGGCUUCUCCAGAACAGUGCUUGGCAACCGAUUCCCCACACUUGGAACUGUUGGUGUUGCCAUUGGGAAAUUGAACUCAUCGCCGCUUGCGCGAAAUCCAAUUUUUACUGUGGUGACUGUAAGCUGCGAGCUCAGGCAGGUCCUCACCCCCCUACCUGCAUACCAUACGCCAUCCAACCGGAGACCCAACCCCUGCAACCGCACCCGGCAGAACCUAUCUCAUCACCGGCCCAACUAUCCCUGUGCCUUGUAUGCCGUGCCUCCUCGCAUUCCCCGCAAGCCCGAUCGAAUGACGGGGUUGCUCCCUGCAGCAACCUACGGUAGCCCCAACCAAAACUAAAUAAUGACGUCGGCAUCCCAAAGAACUCUCGCGACUGACGCUAAAGCCAUCGCUCCCUCUUCCACGCAGCCAACACAAACAAAGGGAUGAUUGUACACUCGAAGUACGAAGGCAACACGUUUAAAUCAGAAGGGCUGAUUGUACACUUCAAGACAAGUUCUGCCUCCCAACCAUCCUUGAUGUACUCGCUCUCCAUCUCUCGCUGUGUGUGUGUUCAUUUAUCUCCCGCACCAUUAACAACAGAUCACAUCGCCAAUACCAACUGGCGACGCCCAACGCAACCCAUGAAAAUAAAACCAUGACACUCUGCCGUAGCACGCUCAAUAGUGAACCGACCACGCUUACGCCAAAUGCAAAACAAGCUGCCCGUCGUCCACUCGAUCGACAUGAAAAGAGCAAACGCGUACAUUCUCGAUAUGUUUCAGGGCGAAGAACUGGCUUCACCAAAGGAGAGGUGCGAAGCGUUCGAGCAGCAGCAGCAGUAGCAGCAGCGACGAACAACCUGGAAUGCUUCCCACCUGCACUUUCGCUCUCCGCAAAUCAACAAAGGGAGGCACGCAACGCACCCUACAUGGGGGGUUCCACUAUCACUUUUCAACAACAUCAACACACGAGCCAACAUAAAAAACAUAAACAUACAAACGACACGGCCGUAUGUAUACCAUACGAGAGGCUCGUCACCCCCCCUACCACCUAUCAUCAUCCACAACGCCCCUGACUCUUGUUGACAAACCCUACAGGUAAUACUCCGGCUCGUACUCCUUGCCCCAAUCUAUCUUAGUCCACGCUCGCUCGUUCAAGAAGAAGAGUGCCUGUUUG